AUGUCUAAAAUGUUGUUCACAUUAUUUUAUUUGCUAAUCACAAAUUGGGAAUUGAGAAGUGGAGAAUGCCAUCAAGAGAUUUCUCGUAAUGAUGUUGUUAAUGUUAUGGAUUAUGGAGCUGUUGGAGAUGGAAUUAGUGACAAUUCACAAGCAUUCUUGAAGACUUGGGCAGCAGCUUGUGGAAGUGCAUCAGUUGAUCAAUCAAUGCUUGUACCAAACACAACAUUCUUGGUAAAUCCAGUAACUUUUGAAGGUCCCUGCAACCCUUCUACCAUUUCUAUCCUGGUAAGUGGUAAUAUUAUUGCCCCGGAAUUUAAAUCAUGGGAUGGUUACGAUGCAUCAAGAUGGAUUGUAUUCUCAAAAGUGCAAGGACUCAAAAUCACCGGCCAAGGAAUGUUCGACGGAAGAGGAUGGAGUUGGUGGCAAUCUGUCCGCGACGCCAAUCAAAGACCGAUUGGCACCACGUUUAAACACUGUGACAACCUUCAACUACAAGGAUUCACACAUGUAAACAGUGGAAGCCUCCAUAUUAGCAUAGUUUAUUCUAACCAAGUAUUUAUCUCUAAACUCCGUAUAUUUGCCCCGGAAUCAAGCCCUAACACCGAUGGCAUCGAUGUUGGUUACUCUUCAAAUGUCAGCAUUCGUCAUAUCGACAUUGCAACAGGUGAUGAUUGCAUUGCAAUCGGAGGAGGUUCCUCAUACAUUAACAUAAGGGGUGUAAGAUGCGGACCCGGGCAUGGUAUAAGUAUUGGAAGUUUAGGAAAAAAUGGAAGGUCAGACAAAGUAGAACAAGUGCGUGUUAAAAAUUGUACCUUUGUUGGAACUUCAAAUGGAGUAAGAAUAAAGACAUGGCAGGGUGGGUCUGGCUACGCGGAGCAAAUAUCGUUCCAGAAGAUUAGGCUUCGGAAUGUCACAAACCCUAUAAUUAUCGAUCAGUUCUAUUGUCCUUCUAACAAUUGCAGAAACCAGACAUCGGCAGUAAGAGUGAGUGAUAUCUCAUUUGUUGGAAUUCAUGGGACAUCAAGCAAAAAGAAUGCAAUCAUAUUGCAAUGCAGUCAAACCAUUGGCUGCCACAACAUUUUGUUGAAAUAUAUAAAGAUAGCCUCAGCAAUUCCACGACAAGUCACUCAGGCUUCCUGCUUCAAUGCUCAUGGAAUAUAUACUUCUGCAACUCCUGCAGUUGAUUGCCUGAUAAACUAA